AUGGCGGAAGAGGUGAGCACCCUGAAGAAGGCCACGGUCCGGAUGCGGCAGCCCGGGCGGGUGCUGGAGAUCGUGGGCGCGCUCCGCAGGGGCGGGGGCGAGCGGCUGCAGGUGAUUUCUGAUUUUGACAUGACCUUGAGCAGGUUUUCAUAUAAUGGAAAGCGAUGCCCUUCUUCUCACAAUAUUCUGGAUAACAGCAAGAUCAUCAGUGAGGAGUGUCAGAAAGAGCUCACGGCGCUGUAUCACCACUACUACCCAAUUGAGAUUGACCCACACCGAUCCAUCAAAGAGAAGUUGCCUCAUAUGGUAGAAUGGUGGACCAAAGCGCACAACCUCCUGUGUCAGCAGAGGAUUCAGAAGCGUCAGAUAGCACAGGUGGUCAGGGAGUCCACCGCGAUGCUCAGGGAGGGGUAUAAGACAUUCUUCAACACACUCUAUCRUAACAACAUUCCGCUGUUCAUCUUUUCCGCGGGCAUUGGUGAUAUCCUGGAAGAAAUUAUCCGACAGAUGGAAGUGUUCCACCCCAACAUCCACAUUGUGUCUAACUACAUGGAUUUUAAUGAAGAUGGUUUUCUACAGGGAUUCAAGGGCCAGCUCAUACACACCUACAAUAAGAACAGUUCCGCGUGUCAGAACUCCAGUUACUUCCAGCAGCUUCAGGGCAAAACCAACAUCCUCCUGCUUGGAGAUUCCAUGGGGGACCUCACUAUGGCCGAUGGGGUUCCUGGAGUGGAGAACAUUCUCAAGAUUGGCUUCCUAAACGAUAAGGUGGAGGAGCAGCGGCAGCRCUACCUGGAGUCCUAUGACAUCGUGCUGGAGAAGGACGAGACCCUGGAUGUGGUAAACGGGCUGCUGCAGCACAUCCUGUUCCAGGGGGACCUCAUGGAGAUGCAAGACUCCUGAGGGCGCAGUGUCRGUCCAGGCCUUGUCGAUCACAAUGAGGAGGGGACCUCUCCUCAGGAGGCCUCUCUGCUGUGAGCACAGAGAAAAGUCCUGGGCAGCCAAGAGCCACUGGACACAUCCUUGCCCACCUCCUCUUUCCCCCAAUGCCUUCACUUGCCUCUUCAACAGAGGCUUGCAGGAGGCCCUGUUGGGUAGGAGGGCAGCAAUCAGGGUUCCAAAUGAACCAUGGGCCACAGCAUGUUAACAUUCUAUGGAUCAUCUAGUCCAAGGAUUUUUUUAAAAACUUGUUUUUAUCAAGGUGGUAUAUACCUGCAAUCCCAGAGGCUCAGGGAGGCUGA